CACAGGUCCCGGGGGGACGAGAGGGCUCCACGAUGAGGAUGAUCGAGAGCGUUGACUCUGUGGUCACCAGGCCCAGCGAAGACCUCUGGGCCGAAAUCUGUUCGUGCCUGCCCCAUCCCGAGCAGAAGGAUGCUAGCGAUGCUUUUACAGACUCCUUCAUGGAUUCCUACGCUGAUGGAGGAAGCCAGGGCAGCGGAUCAGGUGGCUCUUCCCAAGCAAAUCCGAAGCCGUGGGCACCUCUGAACGAUUCAGAGGUGUAUUUAGCAUCCCUUGAGAGAAGACUGAUGAGAAUUAAGGGCUUGUCUCAAGAGGUGACCUCCAAGGAUAUGCUGCGCACGCUCUCCCAGGCUAAGAAGGAAUGCUGGGACAGGUUCCUGCAGGAGAAGUUCGAGUCUGAAGUUUAUCUAGAGGGACAGGACUCUGAUGAGAGCACGCUGGAGCAUCUAAAGCGAUGGCUGCACCCUGAUAAAGUGGCAGUCAAUACCGAGGAGGUACAGUACCUCAUCCCUCCAGAAUCUCAGCCAGAGAAGCGGGAGACCGAGGAAGAACCUCCAGCUGCAGAGCAGUGAGGUACACGCUAGCCAUGCCACAGAGCCACCGCUUGGCCGAACCCUGACGAAGCUGUAUCCAGCCACAGUAAUAACGGGGGGGGAGGUAGGGGGAAGUGCCAGUUAUCAGUCAUUUAAAAACCAAAAAAACCCCAACACACAGAAAAACCCAGCUCUGGACCUCCAGAGGUAGCGACUGGCAUUUGUUACAGACAAGAGUGGAAUGCCUGUGGCAGCGUACACUGAACUGAAAUCUUAACUUUGGUCUUCUCCCAGCCCGUAGCAACCUGAUCAUUCCUGUCUGACUGUGAAUCGUUUGUAAUUCAUCAGGAAACACAUUAAAAAUGCAGCUGUUCAGAAGCAUUGGAAAACAUAAUGGUCUAGAACAGAACAGAAAGCCACUGAAUCGGUUUUUCUUCCUGUCUUGUACCUUAUUUGUUACUCAGUUGGGCGUAUUGGGGUUUGGUUUUUUUUUUCCCCCCUUUCCUGCAAAGUCCACUGUGGGGUUUUCUAUAGAUCUUCACUGCCUAAGUCCAAGCUGGCCCCGAGCUGUGCCUGGAGGCAGACAGAUAUUUUUCACCUGCAUGAAUUUGGAACCCUCAUUGCAAUCACUGAAUUGAUGGUGUCGCUGCCACUGUAACUCUUUACCAUUCCUCUCGACCUAAGGUGCCCUCCUACACUAUCCUGUGUUAUAGGCCAAACUCUCUAUGAUAGAAUAGACUGGGGGAGGGGUAUUUUUGUCUCUUGUUGAUCAUUUUGUACCUGUUCUUGAUCUCCAGCCUCUCCAAAAGAGGGUCGGGAGAUUCUGUGCCGGGAAACCAAGAGCAAUCACCAGGGAGGCUACAAAUAACUUGUUUUCAUCACAGACUUGCAUAGAAUUAUCUGACUUUAAAUACAUUCUAGUACUGAACUGGUUUCACAUCCUGUUUAACUCUGCAGCAGGUUAUUUCCCAUUACUAAUCAAAGAAUCUGACGCUUCUUUAACCAGCGCUUUCUGUCUUGGCAUUGACACCAAAGGUCGAUAGAGGGAAGCAGCGCACGUCUUCUGUCAGAUAAAGCUGGUUAAGACAGAAGCUGGAAGGGGUAGUUCUCGUAGUUUACCCACUCUAGGUUCAUACCAUCUUCAGUACGUACCUGUAUGGAAAUACGUUUUUAAAAGCAGCUGCUCCAUACACCUCCCUUGUUUCCUCUCUCUGAAAUUGUAAG